AUGGCACGUGCUUCCCUGCCUGAACUUUCCCAAAUCAUCAAACUUGAACCAGAAAAAGAGCCUUGGUGUGCUGGUUACGCACCGUCCCAGGGUCGACGCUGCCAUUACCGGACGAACGGCCCUGGCCGCAGCUGCGCCAUGCAUCUUCUGAGCCAAGGCACUCAAGCGCUUCGUGCUGGGCAGAGUAUCGAGGAUAUACUUGAAGAUCUCGCUCCUCAUGUCCUAUGCAAAAGAUUCCAUCAAUCCCAGGCCUCUGAUCUCGCCACUCGUUGGAAGAAUCAAGUUCGCUCCUUCCUACGCUCUCAAUCUCCUAUCACGUCGCCCAGGAGACAGUCCAGAGAUGCUCUCGUCUCAGAAUCAUUGAAUGCUCGCCGACAAACUUCGGAGGAGCGAUGUUUGAGGUUGGAGAAGGAGAUCUUUGAAAUGCAAAGAAUGCUUGCACGCCUUCAAGAUGCUCAUCACGAUUCGGCUGUGCCUAAUAACGCCCGGCACAAUGCCACCGUACUUACUCCUACUCCCAGCACCAAUGCUGGUAACACCCUCGAUGCAAACUACCAAGGCCCAAGAGCCAGCUCAACUGGUCACGCAGAUCAGAUACCACGGGAGAGAGGAAUACUACCGCCGGUUUCAAGACAGCAAAGUACCAAUACGACAAGAACUCAAGCUGUACGGCAUACAGGAUCAAUCAGUUGGAUUCGGAGUAGAGAUGUCAUAGCCCAGUCAAUCUCCAUACAAGUGGUGACCAAUACAACAGCGACGGAAGCAGCACGUCCACAAGCAUCUGUUCGGAUGUCAAAUUUUGAAUCUGGCAGAACGACACCGCCACAUGUCCAUUCUAGUAGCCCUCCUCCUAGGCCCGUUCAAAGAAGAACUGAACAAGCGGUUGCUUCUGUCGCUCGCCCUCCUAUCGCUCCUCGUCGGACUGUUGAAGGAGAUUGUGGAAUUUGUCUGCAUACGCUUCACGAGGCCACCGACGAUACCAGUGUCGCAGGAGAUGACACGGACGAUGAAGACGAGCACAAUGGGGAUGAGGAGGAAAGAUACGAAGAUCUCGUGUGGUGCAAAGCUCAGUGUGGAGUCAAUUUCCACAAAACGUGCAUGGAUCAGUGGUUGGAAAGAGCUCCGACGUGUCCUACAUGCCGGAGAGCCUGGAGGAGAUAA